AUGGCUGCUACUUUCGAUCAAUAUGACAAGUCCAGGUAAACAGGCAAGCAAUUUUAGUCGUGUUAUAUCCGAAAUACGUCACAAAACCAAUUAUCGUUGUCCAAUAAAGUAACGAGCAUAAUGAUGUCCCUUUGGAAUUUUGUCUCGCUAACAUUAAAAAGACUCGCGUUAACCUCUAGAUUACGUUGCAACUGUAUUUCAAAGUAAUAGGCAAAAUAUAAAAAAAAAAUAAUAUUCUUAUCUUUGUAAUAUUUGAUGCGCACGAAGUCUUAAGCUUGAACUUCUUUUUUUUUGGAUUAGUUAUCUUAUUGUUGUUGUGUUUUUUUCCUUCCUUAGUUGGUAUUUUGGUGCAAUGUCACGACAAGAUGCCUCGGAUUUACUCAUGGGUGAGAAAGAAGGCGGUGUAUUCUUAGUACGUGACAGCACGUCAAUACACGGGGAUUUUGUUCUAUGCGUGCGAGAGGACAGCAAGGUUAGCCAUUAUAUUAUAAAUAAAAUUCAGCAGGGCGAUCAAAUACGUUAUCGGAUUGGAGAUCAAACGUUUCCUGAUAUUCCCAACCUUUUGGCUUUUUACAAAUUACAUUAUUUGGACACAACGCCAUUGAUCAGGCCUGCACCUAAAAAGACACAGAGGGUAAUAGCAAAGUAUGAUUUUGAAGGCAAUGAUCCUGAUGACUUACCUUUUAGGAAAGGAGAAAUUCUUACAAUUAUAUCAAAAGAUGAAGAACAAUGGUGGACUGCUAAAAACAGCCUUGGUCAGACUGGUUCAGUUCCAGUUCCAUAUGUUCAGAAGUACGAAGAAGACAGUCAGUCCGUGAUUGAAAAUAACUCGCGACUGGAAAGCGGAGGAAGCUCAACUACAAAUUCUAAUUCAAUUUCUGCUUCCCAAAUGUCUUAUCCAGAAAGUGGACAGGGGACUGCCCGCAGAUCAAACAUCCAGCGAACAUUGCCAGCUUUUGCGAAAGUGAAACAAGCAAGGGUACCAAAUGCAUAUGAUAAAACUGCUUUGAAACUGGAGGUUGGAGAUGUGAUAAAAGUAACAAAGACUAAUAUAAAUGGUCAGUGGGAAGGUGAAUUGCACGGCAAGGUUGGCCACUUUCCAUUCACGCAUGUUGAAUUUGUAGAUAACGAGACCGGAGAAGACAAUCAGGAGAUUUAA